AUGAAGCUCACCGUAGGGGAUCGAGUUGUCACUUCUAGUUUUAGGGUGGAAGCACCCGGAUUUCACAUUCGCUUUCGCUUUGCGCUGGUUCAAGUGGUGGGUGGGUGGGCGCGCCGAUUCGUUUGCCCAAAAGCGGCGGGGGGGAUUAGCGCCAUGGAGUUAGACGAUGAGGUGGGUCGUGAGAUUUAUAGUGAAGUACAUGAACUUGGAGACGAGCAUGAUUCUUUGCCUGAGUUGAUUCCUUUAAAUCUUGAGAGUGAUGAUUUCUGCUUCGUUGAUUUGAUUCAAUCUGAACCAAACCACCUUUCUCAUGGCCAUGAACCUCUGCCUGACGAAUGCGGCGCCGAAGUCGAGAGCUUGAGGGAAGAGUCAUUUGUGCAGAGCAUUGAUAGUCAAUCUGCUGGUUCUCAAUCUGUUUUGCCUGGAGCCGAGUGGAACCUGAUGAUCGCUGGAGCCUUUGCGCAGUACAGAAACCCAAACGAGAGCUUAAAACUACCUUGGGAGACUGGAGCCAUGGGCAGUGUGUUUAAACCUUCUAUUAGUCCAGUGCUGCCUGGUGCAAAUGCUCUAGUGGAGAACUCAGAAGUACGUGGCUCGGCAGUUGACAGAGUUGAGCAAACCUCGAGUGUGGACCUCAGUGUUCGGCUUGAUGCAUGCUACAUGGAAGCCAUCACUUGUACACAAGACUUGGACUACUUCACAAGUAAACGCAUUGCUACAGAGAAAGCCUGUGGAAUUUGGUUGGAUUUGAUCGCCUGUAAUUGGACUGCAACGAAAGUUGGAGCCCAGAUCUGCAGUGAUCUUCGUGGGGACCCCAGUGGUGAGAGUGCGAUUGAAACAUUGAAGGCAUGCUUUGGCACCAAGAGCCCAAAUACUUUGUUGAAGCGUGCUUCAUCGUUGAAGAGGUUCUUCAAGUGGCAUUCCGGGCAUUGUAGAGAAAGAGACGUUCAUAUUGAGCCUAUUCCCCUCGUUGAAGAAGAUGUUUGGAAAUACUUUCACUAUUUGAGAGCUGACCGUGUAGCAGAAGGCCGAGGUUACACUACGCCUGGAUCUUUCCUUGAAACAGUGAGGUUCACCAAAUUCACGGUUGGGUUGAAAGGUUCUGAAGAUGUCCUGGAGUCAGGGAGGCUGAUUGGCUUUGCAGCUCUUGAACGACGUGAGAAAGGACCAACCCGCCAGGCACCUCCAAUGGAAGUUGAGCAUCUUCGUAGGCUACAUGACAUUUUAGCAAGUGAUGCGAAUCUGACUGACAGGCUAGGCGCUGGCACUUUCCUUGUGUGCAUUUAUGCUAGAGCCCGUUGGUCAGACAUCCGCUUCAUUCACCACGUCGAGAUUGAGGCCAAGCGAAACGGCUGUUUUGUCAUUUAUACAACUGAGCACAAGACUUCACAAGUUGGCUUGAGACGAGAGCAGUACUUACCGCUGGUGGUACCAUGGGAUGAUGUGGUACAUAUGGAUUGGUUGAAAAUUUACUUUGAGCUUUACAAGCAAGCAGGCCUCAAUAUCAGCAAUGUGCCUUUAGGUCCUUUGUUACCUGCACCGAAGAUUGGAGGAGGAUUUGGAGCAAGGCCAUUGAGUACACCGGAGGCCUCGGCCUGGCUCAAACUCUUGCUCAGAGGCACGACAAACUCGGAGACUUUCCGCUCGCAUUCAUUGAAUGGAACUUUGUUGAGCUGGUGCGCACGCUCGGGUAUGGAUCGUGAAGUCAGGGCUGUGCUAGGACACCAUUGUUCGUUCUUGACCGGGAGCGAUGUCGUUUAUGCCAGAGAGCUUCAGACAAGGCCCAUUCGGAAACUGCAGAUGCUGUUAAAGAACAUCCGUCUUGGAAUGAGUUUGAGGACAUCGCAGAGCAUGGCACAUUGA